CCAAAAAAUCACCUCGAUAGUUUCCAACAUAGAUUAACCGCACGUGUUGCAUUGUUUUGAUUCGGUUUUUAUUAAUUAAAUUGCUUUAAAAUGUCGAAGUUUUUAUCAUAUUAUAAUCUAUUUCCCAUACCGGAUCCCAAAGAAUUUCUGGGCAUGGCAGCGGACAAAGAAAUUGGGAAUGUAAUCACAACGCUGGCUCGCAAUGUUGUUGUUAUAUUGAAUAUUAGUACUCAUAAGCAACUGCACAGCUGGUCUAUGCCAGAAAAAUUAUCUACAAAAGUUGUCUACGAUCCACACAGUCAGAAAUAUGUUGGAGUCUUCGGCAAUCAUUCACUUCGUCUAUGGGAUGUGGACACACCCGACGUAGCCAAGUGCAAAAAGUUAAAGUUCCAAAAGAGCAUUGCUCAUGUGGUGUACUCAGAUGAGGAAGCAAUCGUUUUGUAUAGCGAUGGACGCUGCCAGCCGCUUUCAGAAGCUUUGCAAUCUCGGAAAAAUCAAAAAGAAAAUAUCGCCGAGCAAUUGACUCUUGCCGCCAGCAAAACACUAAGCAAACCAAUUGUUCAUACACUUACAAACGGACAGAAAUUGCUCACGUAUUUUGAGGAAAAACAUGCUACGGGUGAAUUUAGUCUGAUACGGCUGCCGCUGUCCAAUCCCCACAAGCGUGUCUAUAAAAUCAAGAGGGAGACAGUACGCCUGACUGGUCAUGCUGUCGUCGAAGGCGACAGUGGGCCACAGUUAAUGACUAUUUGGUCCGAUAAGCGCAUCUUCAUUCUAAAUCUUGCAGAGCGCUCCCACGAAUCUGCACCUGGUCAAUUUGUGUCAAUGCUUGCCGAACUCAAUGUGGAGAGCAAACUGUCAGUUUACGGUCUGUCGCGUAACUUUGCGGCCAUCUACGGUGCUAACUAUGGCCAAGAAGGCGCCUCGCUGCUUGUCUACAACACACAGUUUAAAAUUGUCAAUGCCAAGCAAUACUUCAAAGUUUACUUGGAUAUCUCACGUUUAUGGGCUCGCGAUGAACACAUUCUGCUGGCUAUGGGGCAGAAUAUUGCAGCAGUGCAAUAUCGCAUGAAUGACGAACUGCUUGUGGAUAUGCUGGGCUCCCAGUUGAACGAAGCUCACUUGACGCCCAUUGAAUUGGAUCAUAUAAAUGAGGAGGAAUCACUGGAGGCGGCGAUCAAAUUUGCAGGCAGCAGUCGUGCUCCCAAUCUUCUCAAGAAGUUCAAAAUGUCGUAUCAACUGUUGGCAAGUCUUCCACCUUCUGAUGGCAAAACUGUGGCCUUUGAGUCCCCAGAAAUAUCGAAGCACGAACUAAACGAAGUGAUCAAACAGCAUGUGGAUGGAGAGAUAAUACAAGUCACCAACGGACUGGAGGACGUCAAUAUUACAUUGAUGACCAACUAUUUUGAUGAGGGUCCGCAGAACUUGGCUGUACAAGCAAUAGUACGACAAUUGGAACGCAGUGGAGCUGGCGAGCAGGAGAUUACAGAGAAACUGCUAACAUUGUUCAUUAAAACGCGAAACACGGAGAAUAUUCUGAUGUGUGUGCGGCGAUACACAAACAUUUCGGAGCAUAUGUUAGCCUGGUGCUUACGCUAUGCGUUGGACAACACUUCAACGGCUCUCACCAAUGGCGAUGCCAUGGAAACCGACGAUACAGAAAAAAAGCCGGUUAAUGAUGAGCUACUUAAUGCUGUCCUUGCUUGCAGCUUCAAUUCUACAGCGAUUGAGAAACAUCUAAAGCAACGUCUGGAAAUGUCUCAUGUGCUGCGUCUGCUGUGUCACUUAUAUGUGCUAGCAACGGAUCCCAAUGUGCUACUUGAGGAGCGGCCCACCCAAAAUAUUGCUUCUCUGGGUAAUUCAAUCACAGAGCUGCAAGCGUUCCAGUGGCUGAGCGCUUUGCUGACUUCACAUAUAACACUGUUAACUAUCUCCAAAGAUGAAGAACUGAUGACUGUGCUAACGCAGUGGUCGGAACUAUUCCAGAUCUAUGCACAUACUUUGGAGCCAUUAGCGCAGAUUGUGCCGCUGCUGACCAAUAUUAUUGAACGACACGAGCCAAAAGAUCCGUACCCCACCUUGUGGUAUGGCAUUGAGAAAGUUAAGCUUUACUAAUCUAAAUUAAGCUAAAGUUUAUUGUUCUUAAUACACAUUAUUGUUAAUCGUUAAGCAAAUAAAUGUAGAAUUAAAGCCAAA